ACCUGCGGUGGGCGCCUGGGUGUGGCAGAGGCGGGGGCGCGUCGGGCUCCUCCUCCGGGAAUACAUCGUUGGUUGCCGUCACCGCCGCAGAGGCAGCCAGUGCAGACAACACCCACACGCGGCUCCACAUCUGCGGAAGAGCACCAUGUAAUUCCGAGUACAGGUGCACAGGCCCACACUUUCCCCAGCCACCGCGGCAUGCCAGUAAUAACGCAGGUCUCGUCCCCUGUCCCACUGAUCUGAUCGAGAUGCAGCCGCUGUGGGGUCGGGAAGGGAGGAGGGAGGCACGGAGGAAGGCGCAGCGAAGGCAAGUUACCUGAUCAAGUUCUGGUGUCGCACUGAUGCCCGAGUGCUCGCUGCUCAGUGUUGGGCAUCACACAAGACCCGCUCCGCCUCCCUCGCCUCCCUCAAGCCACCCCCCUCUUCCUUUAGCUCCAUUCCGCCUCCUGUCCCCCCCGUCCCCCUUGACCACUCUCGCCCUGAGGCAGGGCCGCUGACAGCAUUGCCAGUAGAUUUAGAAAGAAUACUACUGCUUCAACCUGAAAGGUCCUGCCCCGCGUGUGGCAACAGUGUGGAGGAGAGAACGAGGGAGGGGGGCACGUGCUACGGCAGACAGAUACACUGGAAGCUGGCGGCUAGGCAAUCAUGACUCUACCUUGCUUGCGAAGACUACUGCUGUCUACACUGAGGCCGCAGGUGAGUUUGGAAGAUGUGAGGUGGCUUUGUGAGUCAGCAGGGCCAGGAUCCACCCGCCUAGUUACUCUUCUCAAGGAACGCUUCCCGCAGGCGACGGCAGUUGAGGUAGAGGACAUCUCAGGAGGAUGUGGGGCCAUGUAUGAGGUGUGGGUUGAGGCACCAGACUUCAAGGGCCUGUCCAGAGUCAAGCAACACAAGCUGAUCACAGAGACACUGAAAGUUGAAAUUCAAGACAUGCAUGGCCUGCGCAUCACCACUACACUGCCCGACACAACCUGACCUCCUUCACCUACACCCUGCAGUCUGUCAGAACUAGUCAUUCCCCCUUCCUGGCCUCUGAGGAUCUCAUGGAUCAUAGGGCCUCUGUACAGUACUUACAAUUAUCUUGUUUGAAGAUCAUGGUCUUCAUUGAGAUUACUUUAUAAUUUUGUUCAUAAUUGAUUUUAUAUAACUGUAUAUAAGAGAAUAUAAUACUGCCUUUGUAAAUGUAGUGUGGACGACUGUAAUGAUUAACAUCUUUAUUAAUAAAAAAAAAAUUCAAA